CCAAUCAUUCGUUUGACCACACAGCCAGAGCCCCCUUAUCUCUUGUCCACCUACAAGCCAACUCCUUCCCUCUUUAAUUCCUUAAAUUCGUCUCAAUUUGCUAUUAGAAUUCACAUUUUGGGGCUUUAAUUUGCUGAAGUUCGAAUCUUUCGACGUUAUUAUCCCUCGUUUUUGUGAUCCUAUCCUCCCUUCUUUUGCUUCUGGAUUUAGAGUAGUUGGGGCUUUCUAUGGCUCUGCAACUCAGCAGUGCGGGGUUUUGCCUCUUUCGUGGCAGGAGAGCUCUUACGACGAGAGCCGUGGCCUCUGAGGAUGUUACAACGUUGAAAGAAGAGAACAAAGUGAAGCUGGGAGGGUCGGAUGUGAAGGUCAGCAGGCUGGGGAUUGGUGCUUGGUCGUGGGGAGACACCAGCUACUGGAAUGACUCCGGAUGGGAUGAUCGGAAGAUGAAGGCAGCUAAGGCAGCUUUUGAUGCAAGCAUCGAUGGUGGCAUAACCUUCUUUGAUACAGCUGAAGUCUAUGGUGCAGCGUUUAUGGGAGUAGUGAAUUCAGAAACAUUGCUUGGAAGAUUCAUUAAGGAGAGGCAACAAAAAGAAUCAGUUGAGGUAGCUGUGGCAACAAAAUUUGCACCUUUGCCAUGGAGGUUCGGCCGGGGGAGUGUCCUUUCUGCUCUCAAAAGUUCACUUUCUCGCCUUGGCCUUUCCUCAGUUGACCUCUAUCAGCUUCAUUGGCCUGGGAUUUGGGGAAAUGAAGGAUACAUUGAUGGACUUGGAGAUGCUGUUGAACAGGGCCUCGUAAAGGCUGUUGGAGUCUCAAACUACAGUGAAAAGCGUCUUCGAGAUGCUUAUAAUCAACUCAAGAAGCGAGGAAUUCCGCUGGCUUCAAACCAAGUCAAUUACAGCCUCAUAUAUAGAAAUCCCGAGAGAAAUGGUGUGAAGGCUGCUUGUGAUGAGCUGGGGAUCACCUUGAUUGCAUAUUCUCCUAUUGCUCAAGGUGUCCUGACUGGAAAAUAUACACCAGAGAAUCCGCCAACAGGCCCUAGGGGUCGGAUUUACACUCCUGAAUUCCUCAAAGAGCUACAACCACUGCUGACUAGGAUUAAAGAGAUAGGACAAGGUUAUGGCAAAAGUCCCACGCAGGUUGCCCUGAACUGGUUGACAUGUCAGGGGAAUGUUGUGCCCAUCCCUGGAGCCAAAAAUGCAGAACAGGCUGAGGAGUUUGUUGGUGCUCUUGGGUGGAGGCUUACAGAUCAAGAGGCUGAGGAGCUUCGUUUGCUAGCAUCGAAAACCAGAGAAGUUGUUGGAUUCCCUGUUGAGAAAUUGUAACUUAACAGUUAUAAGAAAUAGAAUGCUUAUACACAACUAUAUGAUAUCUUGUACAUUUCCAUGGAUGCAACUAUCAUGUAUAAUAAUAGAUUUCGAUUGCAGAAAUUUACAAAUGGAAGGCCAUUAUUUGUGGUGUGCUGGCCUAUUUCUUGUAAAGUACCUAGGUUUUGGAACUAUAUAUCUUAGUAAAGAUGCUUGUACUAUCAUAGAAAUGCUUAAUUUCUGGUUUUACGCUUUC